AUGCUGAUUCUGUCGCUGCUAUUGCUAGUUGACACCUGUAAGAUUCGAACGGCUUGUACGUUUGUCAAGUGUGAAGUGAGGAAUGAACGAUUCGUCUACAAAUGGCGGAUGCGGCGGAACAGCACAAAACGCACCGGAACAGUGCGGCCAACUUGGCAGGUCAUGGUGCCGAUUACUGCGAUAGAUGAACGGACCACGACCGAAACACCCAUGGCAUUGCCACUACCGCUAGACAUAUUAUGCCGCUUGACCAACGGUAGCGGCGGCGGCGGACGGCGGCAACAAAAUUUAAAAUAA